AUGACUCUGAUCUGCGUCCUCAUCUGGACUCUCCUCUGCUGCUUCUUCACAGAGUCCAGAGGACAGGCCACAGUGACUCAGCCUGGAGCAGUGAGCUCUGCUCUGGGAGGUUCUGUCACCAUCAGUUGUCAGUCGCAACGUGAUGAAAGCAAUGACCUUUCAUGGUACCAACAGAAGAAUGGAGGAGUACCUAAAAUGCUCAUUUACAAUGCCAACUCUCGAGCAUCAGGGAUUCCAGAUCAUUUUACAGGCAGAGGAUCAAACUCUGACUUUAGUCUGACCAUCAGUGGAGUCCAGACUGAAGAUGCUGCAGUUUAUUACUGUAUGGGUGGAUUCUACAUCAACAGUCAGUUGUGGUGGACUUUUGGUGGAGGAACCAGACUGGAUGUUGGAAGUGAUGUCCGUCCCACCCUGACGGUGCUGCCCCCCUCCAGUGAGGAGCUGCAGCAGGGGAAGGCCACGCUCAUGUGCCUGGCCAACAAGGGCUUCCCCUCAGACUGGAGUCUGUCCUGGAAGGUGGACGGCAGCAGCAGCAGCAGCAGCAGCAGCAGCAGCAGCAGCAGCAGCAGCAGCAGCAGCAGCAGCAGCAGCAGCAGCAGCAGCAGCAGCAGCAGCAGCAGCAGCAGCAGCAGCAGCAGCAGCAGCAGCAGCAGCAGCAGCAGCAGCAUGAGCUGGGAGGAGAGCAGGAGCCCCGGGGUGCUGGAGAAGGACGGCCACUACAGCUGGAGCAGCACCCCGAUGCUCCCGGCAGACCAGUGGAGGAAGGUGGUCUCUGUGAGCUGUGAGGCCACCCAGGGCUCCCAGACUCCACUCUCAGAGACACUGAGGAGAGACCAGUGUUCCCAGUCCUGACUCACUCACUGGGACUCUCAUACUGGUCUGACUCUGUUACUGCUCUAUCUUCGCUCUCUCUAAUUCUCUCUUCUAUAUUUUUUUAGUUAUUUUUUUCAGACUAAACAAAGAUUAGAACAGCCAUAUCUUCUUCUUCAUAAUGAUACACUUCAUGUUUUCAUGCA